GGCGCGACGCUGCCGAUUGGCUGCGCGCGGAACCGGUCGCCGCGUCCCGCCACCCUGCCCCCGCCCCGCCGCUACAAACAACUUCAAAUUCUUAUUCAUGUUCCUUGCCACGACCGUUGCUGCCGUUGAGAGCGCGCACACUGCGCCCAUACUUCGCGUAAUCUUAUCGAUAUGUGCUCGAUGUUCAAUGUGAUUCUAGUGUUUGAUGUGUGAAUUUAACAUUAGUUUAAGUGCACUGUGGACCAGUCCGAGGUUACGGCGAGACGCUCCGACUGCGCUAUGAAAACACACGCACGAGCUGGUGUUUUUGUUCUUUUUGUAUCGCGGGUGCUUCGUGAGCGGCUUCGAAGCAGGGUUACCUAUGCCAUGUGCAUCAGAUAAUGUUGUGGUUGUGCUCCUAUUAGUUUGACGACAAACUAAUAUGCUAGCUAGUGGAUAUUGCGACGGAGUGGCGUUGUGCUUUGGUGAAUCAUAGUGUCGGUGACAUGAAAGUGACGGUGUGUUUCGGGUCUGUGCGGGUGCUGGUGCCGUGCGGCGCUGGCGACCUGCUAGUCAGGGACCUCGUGCGGGAGGCCACGCACCGCUAUAAGAAAGCUACUGGACAGGGUCCAGAGACAUGGGUGGGCGUGCGGGCGCUGCGAGCCAGUUCAGGGGGCAUCCUAGACCUGGACGACCGCGUGCGAGACGUGGCUGAUGACCGGGAGACCCUCACUGCGGAGUGCACCAGUCAAGCGCCGCAGCCCCGCGCCGCUCAGGCAGAUGGCGCUAGUGGCUCGUCGGCUGGCACUGCCUCCCCUGAUAUGUUUCGGGGAGGUGGUGGCGUGGGCGGCAGCAUGCGGGUCCCUGACACCGAUUCCUGCGUGGAGGUCGGUGCAGCAGACCUGGAAGACGGCUCCAAUGGCCUGCAGGUGCGGCGGGGUAGUGAACCCACGCUGCACCAGGACACGUUACCUCCUCAGAGACAGGUGUCAGAACAAACGAAGCGCUGGUCAGCGGCGGUGGUGUGCCGAGACGACAGCAGUCGGGUGACGCAGAAGGUGCACCCGUUGGCGGACGGCCGGCCGCCGGACGCCGCUGUCGAUAGGCACGGACAACACUUCCAGAGGCAGUCUAAUAGGCUUUCCAUGCAGUUCUCCGGACCAGGGAGUGGGGUGUGGUUGGACGCAGCAGAGCGGGUACAAAGUUAUGGCAGUAAGAGUCUUCCUAGAGACGCGCGGAGAGAGCCGCUAGGACAAGACACGACGCCUGUCAAUAACCAUCAAAACCAUAGGGUAGAAGACAUGCUUCGGUGGGUGACGGGAGUGAACAACGUAGCGAGUGUGCAUCCUGUGCAGGAACGGCCUCUUGAUCUCUUACCUGAAGGGGGCAGUAGUGAACGAGCGAUCUCCGGCAUGGAAGUCCCGGUGACGGGCAGCAGCAAGCAGUCGGCCGCGCAGAGCGUCGCCGUGUCGCUGGUGAAGGGGGAGAAGGGGCUCGGCUUCACCAUCACCACCAGGGACAACCCUACGGGAGGACACUGCCCUAUUUAUAUCAAGAAUAUUUUGCCUAAGGGUGCAGCAGUAACAGACGGUCGUCUCAGAGCUGGCGACAAGCUGGUGUCAGUGAACAACGUCUCUGUGUCAGGCCUGACGCAGCAGCAAGUCGUCACGCUGCUGCGGAACACCCCCACUGACUCCACUGUUGAAAUUGUUGUAGAGAGGACUGUGCCUAAUAGGACGCAGAGGGUAGAACCCCAGCAAAGUCCAACAAAAUACGUAGAAAAAGCGAUAGGGGCUUCCAACCCCAUUGAGGCGAAACCUUCAGAGAACGGCCGCGUGUCCAGCAUAGUGAACGCCAUUAACCAGAACAGUGCCAACAGUUCCAUGCGAGGCAGGAUCCCGAAGAGCUCGUCCAAAGAUGAUCUGCUACAUAAGGAUAAUAGUACUGAAGCGCUGCAAGAGGCUUUAAAUUCUUCGUCUAAUUCUAUCCUAGGUCUCCGCAACCGGCUGAUUCUUCGGCUGGACGUGCCGGUACACGACUCGGAGAAGGCGGGGCUCGGCAUCAGCGUCAAGGGCAAGGUCACCGUCGGCCCGGACCCUCAGGACUUAGGCAUCUUCAUCAAGUCUGUGCUGCAUGGUGGAGCUGCGUCUAGAGAUGGCAGGUUACACACAAAUGACCAGCUACUCAGCGUGAACGGCGUCUCGCUAGUAGGCCAGAGCAACGCGGAAGCUAUGGAGACGCUGCGCCGAGCGCUGUUACACGCGCGGCCGCAGAGAACUGGCAGCAUAUCGCUCACUAUUGCGAGGCGGACUGACAGCAUGGACAGCUUAGCACGAUGGAAAGACGACACGCCACCGAACGGCAACGACACGACCAACUCCAACGACAACUCGCAGAACUACAACACCGUCAUAUACAACGCCAGCAGCGACAAGGAGAACAAACCCGUUGACAACUACAACCAGAAAUACGACGCCAACCAAAAGUAUGACGCCAACCAAAACGAGGGCUUCGACGCACACGACGGACGACCCAAGAAACACGCCUCAAUAGUCACAAUAAACAAUAAUAAUAGCUGGGUGUCCAACCAAUCAGAUGACAGCAAAGGUUACCUAGAAAGAGAUAAGGAUGCACCACCCCACGACAAUAAGAGAGAUAGCUUCGAAUGGAGUCGACUUGAUGGCUGGAAUCCCGUCAUAGAUCGACUGACUGGGUUAAGGAACGAGAGUUAUUAUAUGGCGACGCAAAUCGAUGCGCCGGUCACGAAUGGACAUCACUACAGACAGAAUUUAGGGCACGUGCAUAUGCCGCGGUCUCCGCCGGCACAUCAUAAUGUUAUUAUUGAAGAGGAUUAUGGUACUACGAGGGGUAGCGGCAGCGGCUGCGGCGGCGAGUCGGGCAGCGAGUCGGGCGCGGGGUUCAGCCGCGACGCGGUCGGGCGCCGCUCCAUGUCCGAGAAGCGCCACGCCGCGCUCGACGCCAAGACCACCGGCACAUACAAGAAGAUUAAAGAGAUUAAGGCUGUUCAUUCAAUGCAAGUGGGCCCAUCAUUAGGCAUGAGAAAGUCAUCGAGUUUAGAGUCCCUACAGACUGCCAUACAAGAGACGCAGAGGAACCCACGCAUCGAACCUAUCUAUGCGCGAGCGCACCCACCAUUAAAACACUGGUUGACGGACGACAGCAACGGGCCUGACAUGAUCCGAGGUUCGCCGCAGCAGUCAUCUCUCUCACACAAGAAACCAUCGCUACUCAAGUCAUUAUCAACUAUGUUCAGGAUAGGCAAGCCUAACAAGAAAGUGGAAACGGAAGUAUAUGGUAGGUCACAGCCCGGCAGAGCCUCAGAGAAGUCACUGUCAAGAGAGGCGCUAGAGAGACACAACAGGAUAGACGAGAGGGUGGAAAAGGAAGAAGAAACUAAUUCUAAGUCACAACAACGGUCGGAAGUAUCACAUGCGCGUCAGGGCAGCAGCGGCAGCGGCGGCUCUCGAGCGCACAAGUCUGAGCGCCGCGCCCCGCCGUACCGAGCGCCGCCGCAUCAGCAGCACCCGGUAACCGAUCAGGGCAUGGACAGUGCGUGGGGUCCGACAGGUCACUACGUCAACUAUGAGGAAAUCCAGCAGAAUUUAAAUGCGCGUCGCGAGAAGUUGAGCGAGGUGCAGAUAGGACAGAUGAGGAGACAGGUCAGCGCGCAGAGAGCCAAGGCCGAGGACGAGAGUCGUCGGGCAGGCGCGGGUGGCUACCACUCACAGCGCUCCUGUAGAGAAGGCGGGGUACGGCCACAGUCUAACUACUACGAGUACGAGAGCGCGCCGCCUCGCAGGCCCGGCAAGCUCUCCCACUACCACUGAGCAAUGGACGGCGAACACCGCGGUAACUCCCCUCCGACUACAAACGUCAGCCGAGGUAUCCGAUCUCAUUUUAAUUGGCGAUACUCUUAACGAUUAUAUCGCCUCGCUCGACGUCAGUAACGCUAUCUGUCGGCUCGAUUCCUUAUUGAUUUAGCUUCAAGUGCCUUCAUUGAGACUGAGAUUGCUUGUUGUUUCUCAACUUUGUGGUGAAGUACACCAAAAGUAUGGUAUGCUGUCAAUUUUAUCGUCAUUUGAUAUUCAACUACGAUGUCUUGCGUUUAAGUUGUUCUUUCAGUAAAUGCAAUUUUAUGUCAAAAACCUUUUUAAAAACUAACUUGUAAACAUCAAGGAAACUUUGCUAUUAUGUUGAAAAUGUCUUACUUUUAUGUUUAUACCAGUGAUACGUAUGAUUCAUUAACAGCAGUUUGUGACUGUAAUGAUGUUUUUUAUUUCAUGACCAAAUUAUAAUUGUUCAUUUUUGAAAAGAUUUCAACAAAAAAAUAUAAGUAAAACAUUGUGUUUAUUUCUAGGUAUUGUUUUUAAUUUUGUGAGGAAAAACCUUGACUCAGGAGAUUAAGAGUUUAAAAUAAAAAUAAACCAUUAAAAUUGACAAACAAGAAUUGAAUUGUACAAUAAUGUGUCGACUACAUUAUUAUCUUCCUGUUAAUUGGGAAAACCAAAUAAUGAUAAAUCAUUUUAAUGGAGGAAAAGACAGGUCUGUCUAAACUCUUACCUAUUUACUUGAUACAAAAGAAGGUCAUCUGUUAUCAUGGUUUUACCCGCCUUUAAUUGCUUAUCAAAGCCAAUAUUUCAAAAAGUACAAGAACUAACAAAGAAAUAACAACCCUUAAAACAUCGGAUUACUCACGAAGUUAAACAUUUUUGUUAAAAUUAAUUUUUAAAACCUGAUUGGUCGAACACAAGGUUGAUCUCAUACGGAGAGUACCAGUUGACAGAAAGUAUAAUUUGUGGUGAACACAUUAAUAAAAUAAAGUACCUUUACAAAAAUAUUUCAUAGUUUACGAGUUUUGUAUAAAGACAUCGAAACUAAUACAAUGGUUACACAAUUAACCUUAGAAUUAUAAUUAUCCAAUGUCAAGAAAACUCGUGAAAUAAUCAUCAGUUUCGUGUUCAAAAUGAAACUGUUUGACAAAGAUGCUAUUGUUUAAGAAUGUUUUAUUUAUACCUGUAUUACAUUUAGUUACUUCCUCGAAUAUUCGUUCCAUUGACUAGUUUGAAUAAACUUUCAUUAAUUACAUACAUUUUGUGGAUAUUUUUAAGUUGUCCAUGGACGUUUUUAGGCCUUAGCUCUACAUCUUCAUGAUAUGACGUAGGUACGUAAAGGUUAGUUCGACCCAAAACUUCAGUAUUCAAGUAAACUCAGACAUAGUUACUGAAAGCAGUCUUAAUCCCAGUGCUCACUUUAGUUUUGAUUGUUCUAGCGAACUUGUCCGUGGACUAGAUAACCCUAGUUUGUUCUAUCUUAUCUAAUGGCAGAACUAAUCUAAGGCUUUCAAAUUAACUUUCUUUUACCAAACCCGUAUUAGUUGCUGAAGUAUUCAGUACAUCAUCAUCGAAUGUACGAGGAAUGUCUUAUGUAAUGACUACACUUAGUUCUCUGUAAAGAUUCUUAUUUAUAUCUAUUCUAUUGUGGAUGGUGGUGCCAUCAAUACUUAGUUUUAAUUUCGUCUGAUAUUGCUGUAGGUACUUAUCUAAUGAUCUGUGCUGUCUUAAUAUAGCUAUGAUAUCAGUGAUUACGCUAUACCAUUAUAACGAUUGUAUAUAAUUCCUGAAACAAUAUUAGAGGGAUAUAAAAUUGUAGUGUAGCAGCCUGGUCAUAUGGCAACGGUCCGAUAAUGUUUCUAGACCCUUAAUUGCCAUUCAGUGAGUCGCGAAUAUCGGAUUCGGCAAAAUAAUGUCAUUGGAUCCUUAUUGGCUUAAACCGUUCAUACAAAUACACACGGGACGCAGUGAAUCGUAUUAAUUAACGGUCGAGUAACAAUUACGUACUCUUUCCAUACGAGCAGGCUGUCUGGUGAUAAUUAAAAUUCGGGAGACUGUUACGAAAAUACGUAUUUCCCGAAUAAAAUGCUCCCGAGGGACGCAGGAAUUCGUUUACGUCUCGCACCAAGUCUCAUGGCGUCGUAUUUUCGUAAAAGCCUCCAUGUACUACGUAGCAAAUGUACAUUCCUACUUACCUUUUAGUAAGUUUAUGAAAGAAGCUUUAAAGUUUAGAUUAAAAUUUAUAAUUAAGUUUAUUAAAAUUAAAUCUGAUAACAUUUACGUGUGACUGAAUAAUUUAUACCACUUUAAAGAAUUAUUAUUCGUUUAAAGUAUGAAAUUGUGUAAAAUAAAGACUAUGUUUUUCAUCGUUUUCAAUGCAACAAUUAUUAUGUAUUCGAAAUGUAUUAACUUUUAUUUGUUUUAAUUUUUCCAUGUUUUUGUGAUAUCUUAUCGGUAUUUAGUGCUAGCUCUACUAUGGGCUUAUGUGGUGAUAUGAAUAUGAUCGCUAGUUACAUAAUUACACAUAUGUACACAUUUCUAAUGUAUAUAUAAUUUCUAGGUGUUCUACGAGAUUAAUUUUGUAUAGACAGAGAGAAGUAGCUUUUAUAUUUCAUCAAUCAUGACUUUAUUUUUAGUUAAACGAACAAGUUGUUUAGAUAUAAAUCACAUUGCAAAUGAACAUUUGCACCGAAGUGCCCAUACUUGUACAUAAUUAGACGUUUAUAUUACAACGUCAGACGUAAUCUAUUCUUCCAUUUGAUAGACUGUCGUGAAAUAGAAGAAUAUGUUAUAAUGAAAUGCAUUAUACAAUUGGACAUUCAAUGUAUGUAAAAUAAAUCAAAAUUGGUAUUGUCA